CUUUGCACAUCCAACCAGUGUCCCAUAUGAAAAAGUCAAUUUUUGUUUCUUGCAAAUUUGAAAUUUUUACUAGACUAUGAGUCUAUGAUGCACUUGUUAUGAUAUGAUAUUUAUAAACUUUCUGCAUGUGCAUAAAAUAAUGUCAUAGGAUUUAAGUGACCUAUAAGUCCCUCUCCUAUUUCCCAUUGUCUUCUUUGUUUCUUUAAACCUUUUCUAGUGUUAUGCUAUGGCUCAAUUGUUUGGUGAUGAAAUUAAGUCUCAGCAUUCUGAUCUGGCAGAGCUAGGUAAAAGCGCAAAGUUAUCAUUCCGGAGAAAUACAUCUUUAGAUUCUUCAAAGGGUGCUCUUGAUGAAGACUUCAAUCAGGAAUGGGCUAAAAUUGAAAGGUUGCCUACCUAUCAAAGGUCAAGAGUGUUUCUGCUUGAUGAAUACGAUGGGGAAAACACAAUUAAUGGCAAUGGAAAACGGAUGAUUGAUGUCUCCAUGCUCGGACCUCUGGACCGGCGUCUUUUCAUCGAGAAGCUCAUAAAACAGAUUGAACAAGACAACCUUCGUCUGUUGCAAAAACUUAGGAGAAGAAUGGACAAAGUCGGCUUACAAUUUCCUGCUGUUACUGUGAAGUAUGAACACCUUUUUGUGGAUGCGAGGUGUAAGGUUGUGGAUGGAAAGCCCCUUCCUACUCUGUGGAACUCUUUUAAAAGCAGUCUCUCUGUCUUUUCCAAGUUAUUGGGGUCUCAGCUGCAAGAAGCAAAGAUCAGUAUUAUCAAGGAUGUCAGUGGCAUAAUCAAACCUGGGAGGAUGACUCUACUACUUGGUCCACCUGGAUGUGGAAAGACCUCCCUUUUGUUGGCACUUUCAGGAAACCUUGACAACUCUUUGGAGUUUAAAGGAGAUAUCAGUUACAACGGGCACAAUUUAGAUCAGUUCAUUCCACAGAAAACUUCUGCUUAUAUAAGCCAGCAUGACCUGCACAUUCCUGAUAUGACUGUGAGAGAGACAAUUGAUUUUUCAGCUCGUUGUCAGGGUGUCAGAAGCCGUGCAGACUUGUUGAUUGAGGUCUGUAGACGGGAGAAACAGGAAGGAAUCAUUCCAGAUCCUGAUAUAGAUGCAUACAUGAAGGCAAUAGCUGUUGAAGGAUUGAAGAGUUCCCUGCAGACAGACUAUAUAUUAAAAAUUCUUGGACUUGAUAUCUGUGCUGACACUAUGGUAGGGGAUGCUAUGAAGAGAGGCGUUUCAGGUGGUCAAAAGAAAAGACUGACUACAGGUGAGAUGAUUGUUGGGCCAACAAAGGCAUUAUUUAUGGAUGAGAUAACGAACGGCUUGGACAGUUCUACUGCAUUUCAGAUUGUCUCAUGUACUCAACAGUUGGUUCACAUAACAGAUGCGUCUGCAUUGAUCGCCCUUCUUCAGCCAGCACCAGAAACCUUUGAUCUUUUUGAUGAUGUAAUCUUAAUGGCAGAAGGAAAGGUUGUGUAUCAUGGACCACGCAAUUAUGUAGUGGAAUUUUUUGAGACCUGUGGUUUUAGGUGUCCCAAGAGGAAGGGAGUAGCUGACUUUCUUCAAGAGGUUAUUUCGCAAAAAGACCAACCACAGUACUGGUUUCAUGAAGAACCUCAUAGCUAUAUCUCUGUAGAUAUGUUCUGUGAGAAAUUUAGGGCAUCUCAAAUUGGAAAGAGUUUGUUUGACGAGGUUUCACAGCCACCUGUAAAGACGCAGGGUGACGAUAAUGCUAUCUCCUUUUCCAAGUUUUCCCUGCCAAAGGGAGAACUCUUCAAAGCCUGUUUGUCAAGGGAAUUCCUUCUAAUGAAGAGAAAUUCUUUCAUAUACAUAUUCAAAAUUGUUCAGUUGGUCAUUAUAGCUCUGAUAACAAUGACUGUAUUUGUGCAUACAAGGAUGCAUGUUGACAUUCUUCAUGCAGAUUAUUAUUUGGGCGCUCUGUUCUAUGGUCUUGUCAUGCUUCUUGUUGAUGGGUUUCCAGAAGUGUCUAUGACUAUCAUGAGACUUCCUGUUUUCUUCAAACAGAGAGACCUCUAUUUCUACCCUGCUUGGGCUUAUGCAAUCCCUGCCACUAUCCUGAAGAUCCCUUUGUCCAUUUUGCUUGCUGUUAUCUGGACAUCACUUACUUACUAUACCAUCGGAUAUGCUCCCGAAGUUGGAAGGUUCUUCUGCCAAGCUCUUCUGUUUUCAGGCGUGCACUUGGCAUCAAUAUCCAUGUUCCGGUUCUUGGCUUCUCUGUUUCGAACCACUGUUGCUUCCAUUUUUGCUUCCGUUCUCUUCGUACUGUUUGUUUUCAUAUUCAGCGGAUUCAUAAUUCCACGAUCUUCCAUGCCGGUAUGGUUAGAAUGGGGAUUUUGGGUUGUGCCACUUACUUAUGGAGAGAUUGGUCUCGCAACUAAUGAAUUUCUUGCUCCAAGAUGGCAGAAGAUGCUUCCCUCAAACACAACGAUAGGUAGACAAGUUCUUCAAUCUCGUGGACUAUUGUUUGAUGGCUACUUUUUCUGGAUCUCGGUUGGUGCUCUGUUUGGGUUUUCCCUACUUUUCACUGUAGGGUACACGUUAGCAUUAACUUUCUUGAAGGCUCCGGGAGCAUCUAUGGCUUUUAUCUCAAGAAAAAAGCUUUCUCAAUUACAAGGUUCGGGACAUCCAUGUCAAGCAGACAACGAGUUAGAGAGUUAUGGAAACAAAGGCAAUGUAGAAUCUAAUAAAGGCUAUAUGAUCUUACCCUUUCAACCCCUUGCGGUAACAUUUCACAACGUGCAAUACUACAUUGAUACCCCAUUGGAAAUGAAAGAACAAGGCUUUGCCGAGAAGAAACUCCAACUAUUGCAUGGUAUCAGUGGUUCUUUUAAGCCAGGCGUUCUUACCGCGUUGAUGGGAGUCAGUGGAGCUGGAAAGACAACUCUUCUUGAUGUUCUUGCAGGAAGGAAAACUAGUGGCACAAUUGAAGGGGAAAUACGAAUUGGAGGGUAUCCUAAGGUGCAGGAGACAUUUGCUCGAGUAUCUGGCUACUGUGAACAAACUGAUAUACAUUCUCCAAAUAUUACCGUAGAGGAAUCACUGAUCUUUUCUGCCUGGCUUCGACUUCCUGAUAAUACUGAUUUAAAAACCAAAACAGAAUUUGUCAAUGAAGUCCUUCAAACUAUUGAACUCAAUGAAGUUAAAGAUGCCUUAGUUGGCUUAACUGGUGUCAACGGUCUAUCAACUGAGCAACGAAAGCGGCUCACUAUUGCUGUGGAGCUUGUGGCCAACCCAUCAAUUAUAUUUAUGGAUGAGCCUACAACAGGUCUAGAUGCAAGAGCAGCUGCCAUUGUAAUUCGAGCAAUAAAGAAUGUUGUUGUUACCGGUAGAACUGUUGUUUGCACCAUCCAUCAACCAAGUAUCGACAUAUUUGAAGCAUUUGAUGAGUUGAUACUUCUAAAAAAUGGUGGACGUGUAAUCUAUUCUGGACCUCUGGGCCAGAAAUCAAGUAACAUUAUUGAAUAUUUUCAGACUAUACCUGACAUACCCAAGAUUAGAGAUAACUAUAAUCCUGCAACAUGGAUAUUAGAGGUCACUUCCGCAUCUGCAGAAAUUCAACUGGGCAUCGAUUUUGCUGAAGUUUACAAUACCUCUGUUCUAUGCCAGAAAAAUGAAGAGCUUGUACAGCAGUUAAGUAUCCCUUCCGUGGGCUCAAAGGAUCUCCAGUUCCAAAGCCGCUUUUCACUAUCUGGUUGGGAACAAUAUAAAUCUUGCCUUUGGAAACAACAGUUAUCUUAUUGGAGAAGCCCUUCAUACAAUUUGAUGCGUCUCAUGUUCACCUUUGUGUCAUCUCUUGUUUUUGGAUUGCUGUUCUGGCAGAAAGGGAGGAACAUAAAAGAUGAGCAAAGCAUGUAUACGGUAUCUGGUUCGAUGUUUACUGCUGUGUUGUUCUUGGGAAUAAACAACUGUACUACUGUAAUUCCAUACAUUACAACUGAAAGAACUGUUGUUUAUCGGGAAAGAUUUGCCGGGAUGUACUCCUCGUGGGCUUAUUCUUUUGCACAGGUCACAGUUGAGCUUCCUUAUCUUCUUACUGUAGCUAUAAUAUUCACAGUGAUUACAUAUCCGAUGAUCGGAUAUUACUUAUCAGCCUACAAGGUGUUCUGGUACUUCUAUGCCAUGUUCUGUACUUUGAUGUAUUUCAAUUACAUGGGUAUGAUGCUCGCAUCAGUAACACCAAACUACCAACUGGGUGCAAUUAUAGCAGCAGCUAACUACUCGCUACUGAAUUUAUUUGCUGGAUAUUUGAUCCCUCAACCGCAUAUUCCCAAGUGGUGGCUGUGGUUAUUUUAUCUAUGUCCAACUUCUUGGACUCUAAAUGGUCUGCUAUCUUCCCAGUACGGUGAUAUACAUGAAGAAAUCACAGUAUUUGGAAAAACCAGUACAGUCGCUUCAUUCAUACAAGACCACUUCGGGUUUCAUCAUGAUCGUCUUGGCCUCGUUGCUGCUAUGUUAAUCAUCUUCCCUCUGACUUUUGCGUCUCUGUUUGCAUUUUUUAUCGGGAAACUUAACUUUCAGAGGAGAUGAAAGGUGUGUUUUUUAUUGGAUUUAUCAUUUUGGUAAGGAGUUCAGUCUUCAGAUUGUCAGCAGUUCAAGUUAGGAAGGGGUAGCCGGGUGGCGGGCAGCCGGGCAGGUACAUAUAUAUACGACUAUACAUGUACAAGUAGACGGAGUAUUUCUUAACUUUAUAGGCUACAUGAAAAGGGGAAAAGUAACUCUACUAUCUUAUGAUUCAUUGUAGCAGACUACGCAAAAGUAUCAAGUUGUUAACUCAUUGCUGUUUAGACUACGUAUAGAGGAACAGAUUGUGUAUAUGUGAAGAAGCAUGUAACGAUAAAUAUAUCUCCGGGAUUGGAUGGAUUUAAUCAUUUCGGCCGAAUAGGGAAGUCAAUUGUACCAUAAUAGGAGCUAGAAAUUUGUUGAUUUUCUCGCUAUUAUAAAUUUAUAAUGGUAACCGGUUACAUUUUUC